CAACAACCAUGUCCGGAAAGGGAAAGGGAGGCCGCGGAAAGAAGUCGACCACCAGGUCGGCCAAGGCUGGACUGCAGUUCCCUGUUGGCCGUGUUGGCCGGUUCCUCAAGAGGGGCAAGUACGCGUCCCGCGUGGGAGCUGGAGCUCCGGUGUACCUGGCCGCCGUGCUGGAGUACCUGACCGCCGAGGUGCUUGAGCUGGCCGGCAACGCCGCCCGCGACAACAAGAAGGCCCGCAUCAUCCCCCGCCACAUCCAGCUGGCCGUCCGCAACGACGAGGAGCUGAACAAGCUUCUCGGAGAGGUGACGAUCGCGUCCGGCGGUGUGCUGCCCAACAUCCACGCCGUGCUCCUCCCCAAGAAGACCGUGAAGAAGUAAAACGUCUCCU